AUGAAAAAUACCAAAAAAGUUGGGAAAAAGACAAAGGCCUCUGGACAACCGAAGAAAGUCAACCCGUUCGAACUCAAAUUCAACCGCUCCAAGCAUGAUGUAGGAAUCUUCAGAGUUUUUAAAUUUCUUUAUUAUAUUUUCAUAAAGGUGCUCGGGAAGAAAAAGUUGGCGAGUGUCGGAGUUCCAACAGUUUCUCGAAAAAGAGCUCAUGAACAGAGAGAACAGACGCUUGGCGUCGAAUAUGCAAGGAUGGGAAAAGUUAGCAAGGUAAAAAUGAAUUAGAUUAAUAAAGAUGAUUGUUUUUUUUGUUAUUUUCCUCAGAUUUUGGAUCGACGUAUCGGUGAGAAAGACGAUAUUACAAGUGAGGAGAAAACUUCCAUGAGAUUCACGGAAGAAAGAAUUAAAAAUUACAAAAAGGCCAGCAAGUUCAACCUCACUGAUGACUAUGAAGGAGAGGAAGGUUUGGAAAAACUUCGGAGUUUAUAAAUUUUUUUUUUUUGAAGAAUUGCUAACUCACGGCGGCCGAGCUUUGUCGGAUAUCGAGAAAUAUGACAAAUCGAUGCUUUCCGAUGAUGACGACGAAGAUGGAAAUAUUGGCGCUGAAAUGGUUUGAAAUUUGUAUUGAAGGGUUCAUUAUAGGAAAAAUACAGCGGAUUUUGGAAGCGUAAAUUGGUAAAAUUAGGUCGAAACUGUGAAAAAAAAAAGCAGUUGUUGGACAUUUAUCGAAUUUCGUGCCAAAACUUUAAUUAUCAUCAUAGCUGCCUCAUGAUAAUUUUUUUCGUUUAACAUUUUUUUUUCUACUUUGUUAGUUAAACCAUCAUUACUCGAAAGCAAAAAAACAACGAUUUUCAGCUUCAAAAAAAUCAUAUUUUCACCGAAGGCUAUUUUUAUUCAACCUAAAAGAUUUUUCAGGUAAUUUAAUACAUUUCCAGGUGAAAAUCGCUCAUUUCGGCGGCGGCGAAACGUCAACCGAAGAGAAAGUUCAAGCGAAAUUGAGCCGAAAAGACGCGAUCGCCGAAUUAAUUUCGAAAACCAAAGUCGCUCGUCAGGAGAAGCAGGCGGCCAAGGAUGAACUUGUACUGAUUAAUCGAUCAAUAAUCGAUAAAAAUUGAUUUUUUGAGGAUGUUUUGACGGAAACUUUGGACGAGAAAUAUCACCGACUGAUGGGCCGCUUACAGAACACUUUCAGGCCAGUUGGUGCCACGAGAAAUGAAGUUUCCAAUAAGGAUGACUACGACAAAUUGGUUCGUUUUUGAUUGAAAUUUGAAGUUUUAGGUUUAUUCUUUUUUAAUUACUGAAAUUGUACAUUUCCUUUAAAUUUGAACUUGUUUUCUUGACUUUUUAUCCUCCAUUUGAGCUCGAAAGUCAUUUUUGUUUGAAUAAUUGAAGCAAGGUUCUUGGAUUACUCGAUCAACCCCUGUAGCCACUAAAGCUUGCAAAAAUGGUCCCUAUAGGUAUUUUAGUUAGUGACCCCCAAAGAGGACAUGCUAGUUGAGAAUUGUUAUGAAGAAGCAUUUCCAAGGGUAAAAUUGAAUAAAUAAGCGUUUUUUGAAUGGAACUAAGAGACCCCUAUAGGGACCACUUGAGUCUUAGGAGCUAAGGGGUCAGACCCUAAAUCCCUAUAGGGACCACGUUGAUUUUACCUCUAGAGUAACCACUUUUUUCAGCCUCUACAGGGGUUGUUUUCCCCCCUAAUCCCUAUAGGGAACACGUUGAUUUUACCUCUAGAGUAACCACUUUUUUCAGCCUCUACAGGGGCUGUUUUCCCCCCUAAUCUGGAAUUACUAAGAAAUCUCUUCAAUUUUCCAAGUGUUGAAUUUUUCAUGUUUCGAUGGUAAUUUUCAAACUUUUCUAUUAGAAAAUAUAGCUUUACGGCUAGCUUGGGACGCUAAGGGGCGUGGUCUGUCUGCUCUCUCCACCAGCCAGGCACUAUCUCGUGCAUUAUCGUGUCAGGACCCUUUUUCGAUGGCUCAAACCCGCCGUGAAUCAGCUAUAAACGAAGAGGAUGUUUUUUGUGCAAAAAUCCGAGUUAUUUUCCUAUCUCAGUUUAUUUCCUGAACUUCAGGCGCUUUCCCUCAAAAUCGACGCCGAUAAAUGUGCGACGCCGGCCGAAAGAACCAAAACCGAGAAAGAAAUUGCGGCCAGCGAAAGGGAUCGACUGGAACUUCUCGAAGCCCAACGAUUGGCCCGGAUGAAUACUAAAGUUUCCAAAAAUUUUCUAAAAAAAUUAAACUUUGUGAUUUUUUUCCAGAAAAAAAUACACGUGGUCACAUUUCUGCCGACGCUGAUGUCGAUAUCAACGCAGCUUCAAAAUCUGAGGCCAGAAAAUCGAAAAAAGACGCCGAUCGAUUUGUGGUCCGGUUUGAUAAGGACGGCAACAUGAUCAACUCGGAUAAGGUACAGGAAUUUUCUGGAGCAAAUUCAAGAGCUCAAAAUGAGCAAGGAAAAAUAGCCGCUAAAUUUGAAGCGAAAAUGGAUUUUUUUUAAAGUUAUUUCAUAGCCUCAAAGGUUAGAGAUAUGAUCAUUUCCGAAUUUUUCUGGAAGACCUCGAAAUUUCAAGAGCUCAAUGUGAGCGAGGAAGAACAUUUAUCCAUUACGUUUGGAGCAAAAAAAGUUUUUUUUAUAUUUUUUUUUGUUCUAAUAAUUUAAAAAGUUUAUGAGAUAUGAUCAAUUUGGAUAAAGUACAGUAGUUUUAUUGGAAAAAAAUGGAGAAUUUUAUAGUUAAAAAUAAGUAGGUCCCAUAGUUUCCAAAAAUUAAAUUUGAAAUGGGUUGGUCCCAAGGUACCAAAGUUCCAUAUUAAAGGAUUUUUUUUUCGAUUUUUAAGCUCAAGAGAUUAUUUGGAUAAGCUUGUGUAGUUUCUGAACUUGAAAAAAAUUUUUUAUUGAAUUUUUUUAUAGAUUUUAUUGGUUUCUCAAUAUGAGAUUCGAUUGGAUACGAUUCUCUGUUCUAAAUUUUCAACUGAAAGAAAAAUAUUUUUGCAAAGUUAGUUCAGAAGGUGUUUUCUUCAAUUUCGAAGAAGAAUGAAGAAAAAAGUUUCCUUUCAAAUCAAUUUUUGAAUAAUAUUUCGUGAUUUGAUAGUUAUGUGAGAAUAUUUUUCUAUAAAUGCUCGUGGUUUUAUAAGAUAUAAUAGUUCACGUGUAUUCUUUAUGCUAUGCUUUUUCAUUCAAAAAAAUACCAAUUUGCAAAGUUAGUUACAGAACGUAAUUUCCUUAAAAUUGAAAAAACUGAAGAAAAAAAAGGAUGCUUCAAAAAUUUUCAAAGUUUUCUUUCAAAUCUUCUCAGUGAUUGUCUUCCUUCAGGUCGAAAAGCCGUCAAUCAAGAAAGUUGCUUUCGACUCGGAUGACGAACUCAGUGAAGAGAACGACGACGAGGAAGAGGAGGAAGACUUGGACGAUUUGUUGGAAAAGGAAGAUGAGGAGGAUGACUUGGAAGAUGAAGAAGAAGACGAGGAUGACGAGGAUGAAGAAGAGGAAGAUGAUGAUGAUGAAGUUGAAGUUCGAGGUAAGAAGGAAAUGAUGAUGACGUUUCGUUUGAAACACAGUUUCCUCUAUAAACGCACGUUAUGUCAUUUUCAAAGUGAUUUCCGCGAAAUUCGAAUCUAUCUCUGACUCUCCAAAACUUAGUUGUCUUUUUCUUUCUCUCACGGUUAUUUUGACUCUGCCGAAAUCACUUUUAAUACGGCAUCAGCAUUGAAAAUUCGCAUAUUUGUCCAUUUUUUCAAGAUUUGGUAGUUAUGUCUAAAUCGUAGUUUUUUUCAAUUUUGAUUAAAAAAUUCUUUCUAGCCAAAAUGGAAAUUCAUUCGCAAAUGUGACUGUUUGCAUGUCGGUUUUGAGUUCUAGUGAAAUUCUAGUUCAUUUUGAAUCCGAAUACUGUAUUUUUUAUACUUUUAAAGGGCUUAUUAGUAAAAUUGAAGACUUUGACAUUUUCAUAUAGCCCAUUCCGCGCCAGUUUGUCACGUUUAUCUUCCCGCCAAAAAGACCUUAUGCGCAAUUUGAGCAACUUCGUUCGAGACCUUUGUUUUUUUGUCGUCUUUUUUGUAGUUUUGGGCAAAAAAAAGUGUUUUUACGGUUUUUAAAACGUGACCGUGACCACGCGGAACGCACUACACAUCUUUUUCUGAAAAAAAAAAGAAUUUUCUACAAAUUUGCUAAAACAAUCUCCGACAGUCUACAUGAAGAUCCUUCAUAAUCGCGACCUGCGCAAACUUCCAGUUUUUAAAAAUGUUAAUCAAAAAAAUGUUUCAAUACAGAAUUAGACCCCACAAGAAGGUCGUUUUACUUUGAGACUUGGAAUUUCCAAAAAGUUUGCUCAAACAAUCUCUGAAGGUUUUUAUGAAGAUCCAUCAAAGUUACAACCCGCGUCAGAAUCUAGUUUUGAGAUAACUGAUUUUGAAGGUCGAAAAGUUGGGCCUAAAACCCAUAUUUCGCAACUUUGAAAAAACAUAUCUCAAAAACUAGAAGUUUGCGAAGAUAGCGCUAAUAAGAGAUCUGGACCUUCAGAGAGUGUUUGAGCAAAUUUGUAAAAAAUUCCAAACCACAAAGUAAAAUUACCUUCCUUGUUAGUACUGAAAGAAUAUUUAUUGAAAUUUGUUCAGGAAAAAUCGAAAAAAGAGAAAAAGCUGACGUUCUGGAUGUUGGUCCGGCUGGUGCAGGUAUUUUUAUAGCCUUUUUUUCUGUUUUUACUCAGGAAUUUUUGAGCUCCUUGUUUUUUUUUUUUAAAUAACUUUCCCUUUUCAGCCGCUCCUGGAGAUGACGGCGUUCCUUUCGUUUUCGAAAUGCCGAAAAAUUACUCGAAAUUCAUCGAAUUACUGCAAAAAUAUCCCGAGGACAAGAUGGGAAUCGUUUUGGAGCGGUAUAUUUCCUAGUUUUCAGAGUUUCUUAAGAAGUUUAUCAUUUAGAUUGACAAAAUGCCACCAUCCGAGCUUGAAGGAAGGCAAUAAAAAGCUGCUGAAUAAGCUUUUCUUGAUGCUUUUGCGGUUAUUCGACGAUAUGGCCAAGGAAUCUUUGACGGAGGGGGUUUUGAACGAGUUGAGCCUGAUUCAGAGGCAUUUGUACGGCAUUUUGAAGGUUCGUUCUUCGGAAAUUUCCUUUUUUUUCCUGACCAUGUUAUUUUGUAAAUUCUUACUUCCAGCGUUUUAUUUUCCAUUUUUAUUCAAAAUUUCUCAAAAAUUAAGUCAUAGAUCUUUUUUAAACGCUGUAAAAUGGCCCUCCUGAUUCAUUUUUUUAAACCUUCUUUUUAUACUUUCAUAUUGGGAUAAGUUAAGCUCAUAGUUUUGCUCUUUAAUAAUUUUUUUCUGGACCUGUGAUUUCUUAUAUUGAGGGUUUCCUUUUCUGCAAAAUCACUUACGAUUAAACUGAUAGAUCUUUCUUUCAAGCUGCAAAAUGGCCCUCCUGGUUCGUUUUUCCAAUUUUCCUUUAUAUUUUUUACACUGAGAAUAAUUAAAUGAAUAUGUUUGCUCUUCGAAAUUUUUUUCCUGGUCUUGUGACCUUGUAAAUACUUAUUUCAAGGGUUUUUUUUUUUGCAAAAUCACUUACGAUUAAACUGAUAGAUCUUUCUUUCAAGCUGCAAAAUGGCCCUCCUGGUUCGUUUUUCCAAUUUUCCUCUAUAUUUUUUACACUGAGAAUAAUUAAAUGAAUAGCGCUAAUCAAAAAAUAUGAAGUAUAAGGUUUAAAAUUAAGAAAUGUAGUUAUCCCGAUUUUCGUAUGAUUUAUUAAAUCACCAUUUUUAACCGAGGCGAAAACAGAAAGUGUGGAGAAAGGAUACAUAGAAAUGUUCCUUUUAGGGUGAGAAAGGCUCCUUUUUUGCUGCCUUUUUGCGCCAUUUCAUCGUCUAUUAUGCGCCAUUUUUGCCGCCUCUUCCUUUUUCAUCAUGUCUUGAGCCUUUAAAAUCCCAGAAAAAAAGGCACCGCUCGAUAAAGGGACCCUUUUUGCUGCCUCUCUGCGACCUUUUUUGAGCCUCUCCCUUUUAGCGGUCAUUAUCGAUCAUUCUCACUUUGUAAGAGAUCUUUCCCUCAGAAAAGAUUUUAUUUGUAGCAAGAUGAUUACACUGAUGAUACAAGAAAGUAUUAAUUGAGCUAGUUUUCAGUUCGAUGUCCAAUACGCGACAAGAUGUGUUCGUGCCUUGAUCCGACAACAUUGGAAUAUCCGGAAAGAGAGACAGAAAAAUAAGCCCGUCUCAUUUUCGCUGGUUAUGGUUUUCAGGUAAGGGUUAAUGAUAAUAGUGAUCUUCCUCCCUUGAUGAGUUAUCCUAUUGGUAUGAUUUUUAGAUGGUACGGAAGUACAGUAGAAGUAACAUGAAAACAAUGGGUUUUUAGAGUUGGUUUUAAAAAAAAGGAGAAUUCUCGCCCUUUUGAAUGUUUUUCUGAUAGAAGCGAAAAUUUUUGAACUUCUACAACUUCUGAACGACUUUUUUUCAGAAACUCUUCAUUGUAAAUUAAAAAAAAUCUUAAUUGUAUGAUGUUUUUCAAUAGUUGAAUUGAAUUUUUUUUUAGAUUAGUCGCCGCGUUGUUCCCGAUGAGCGACAUUUGGCACCCCGCCUGUACUCCGGCGAUGUUGCUCGCGACGAGCGCGUUAUCGCGUGCUAGAAUUAGCGAUUUGCGAUGUCUCGCCCGCCAAUUGUUCCUGGCGACGACCAUUGUUGACAAUUUGGCGGAGAGCAAACGGUUGGGAUUAAUUAUGAAUUCAGAUGGAAUUUUAAGGAUAAUUCUUUCAUACUAUUCUGUAGUUUCCAAAAAAAGACAAAUUGGUUUCGGAUCUUUUUAAAAAAUUACAAAAAAAUUAAGACAAUUUGAGAAAAACGAUAUAAUUUUUAACUGACCUGAAAUUUUUUUCAUUCAUUUUUUUUCAUGUGUUUCAAUUUUUUUAUUCUAUAAAGUUGAUACCGUGUUCAAAGUGUUUCCGCGACUUCUAAAAUAGCCGUCAGAGAAAGAAAAUGAUAAUCUAAUUUUGGAGGGUCAGAGAUAAUUUUGCAUCUCGCGGAAAUUACUUGAACUCGGAUUUAGUUUUGAGCUUUUUUUUGAAAAAGGGUGCAUCAAUCAUUUUCCUGUUUCACGAUUAAAUGAUGAUCGAAAAUCGAAUCUUAAAAAUGUUAUUGUGUUUACAAAAUUUUCAUCGUUCUUACUUCGAUAGUAGGUUGUUGAGAAUAUUGGAAGAGGAAAAAGAUUUCAUUCAAAAAAUAUUGAAUUCCUUCCGAGUUACUCAAUAUUUCUUUACUGAAUAAUUUUCGCUAAUUUUGUGUGUGAUCAAUUUUAAAAGGGCACAGAUUUUUUUAAAAGGAGUUUUUAGAGACGAAGAGUCGCUUUCAGUGUUCUAACUAGGGAACUGCUCGAACUCGGGUACCCUUUUCGAGUUGAAACUUUGGUGGCUCAUAGACCCGGGUAAGAGUACUUGGAAACAAGAGAGAUUAUCUGCUAAACCCCAUAGGCUUCUGAGAAAAAGCUUUUUGAAAAUGAAAAAUUUAGGCUUGAAAAUUAUCAAAUAUUUGCUUUCCUCAUUCUUUUGACUGGAAAAAGUUUUUUAGAGUUUAUCAUAGCUGGAUCAUUCAAAGCGAUUGUAUCAAAAUAUGAAAUAAGCUAAAAAGCAGUAUUCUGAAAAUUUUCGAGCCUAAUUUUCACAUUUUCUACUAAUUUUUUCUCAGUUCUCUAGUGGGUUUAGUAGAUAUUCUCACUUGUUUUCAAGUAUUCUUACUUAAGUCUAUAAACCACUAAAGUUUGAACUCGAUCCGCGUACCCGAGUCCGAAUAGUUCCCUAGUAAGAGCAUAAAAAAAACCAAAAAAAUAAAUAUAUAUUGAAAAGGCUUUGAAAUAAUUAAAUUUUUCCAGAUUUUUACCCGAAGUCGUAUCUUUUGUAACGAGUGCCUUGCUGUUGGCCGUCGAAGACAAGCCGUUUUCCUUCACUUCUUUCGGAUUUCCCAUUUCCAAGCCUCAUUGCGACCUUUUGUGUGUUAAUGAGGUGAUUUUCGGCAAAUAUAAUAUAUUUUUAACGAGUUGAAAUGGUGAGGUUGCAUGCGAAGCGGUCGCGGCGCGUUUUGGCGCGAAUUCAUAGUUUCAAAUUUCGUGAUUUUUAUAAUAUUAUGUAGCUGAUUAACAGUUGGCUUGAGCCAUUCAAAAAAGGGUCCUGACACGAUAAAAAAAAAUAAGAGAUAGUGUGUGGUUGCAAGAGAGGGCAGAAAGGCUAGGCCAGCCAAAAUUUUUGAAUUGGCGCCAAAAACGCAUCGCGACCGCUUCGCACACAAAAUUGCCUCAUCAUACCGUUUGAGGGCGAAAAUGAAAAAUAAAAUGUGAAACUGGUUUUUUGAAUAUUUUCAGCCUCCAUCCGCAAUUUCGACGUCUCCAAUCCCAAUCUCCAUCGUUUUUUCUGAAGAAUCCGAUGUUGAAGUGGAUGAACCGAAAUUGCGAUUAUCCGUCCUUCGAUCUCUGGUCGCCCUUGUACAAACUCUACGAGUCGUCUAUUCUACCUACGAUGAGACUUUCACGAUUCUUUUCACGUCAGUAGGAAAAUCAAGGAAAUCUUUGCGACAAGGAGGUUCCGACAAGUUUUAACCGAUUUUAGGGGAUUUUUGAGACCAUUAUGUUGUGAGGGGCACAGAAAUAUCCUAAAAAAGUGUUUUUGGGGACUUUGGCUUCCGUUAAAAAAAUUUUCAUUCGACUUGGACCAAGGAGAAAAAAUUUAUUUUCGUAUUUUGGCUACAGUACUCCUCAAAAGGGGCGGAGCCUGUAAAAACCUUUUCAAGGGAUUUUUCGUUCCCAUCAUGCUGUGAAGGGUACAGAAACAUUUCAAAAAAGUGUUUUUGGAGAAAAAUUUUGUACUUCAAAAAGAGUUUCAUUCAACUUGGACCACGGAGAAAAAAGUUAGAUUUUUUCGUAUUUUGGUUACAGUAAUCUUCAAAAGGGGCGGAGCCUGUACUAGCUAUCAACUGAAAGUUCCACAUGCUUAUGUAGUUGUUGUGAUAAAAGUAUGAGCUCAAAAAAUGCAACCUGAAUUUUUAGUGCCUCUUUUUUUUUGGCAACUUAUCGAUUCUCUCGGGAAAAGUGAAUUCAACUCUUCGGGCGAAGCAGGAAAGUUUUUAUUGAUUAAUUUUGUUUUUUCCAAUGGUACUUUCCUGCAGAAACAAGAUAAUCACUAAAAACAUGACAUUUUGAAGCGAUAAUCUUGUCGGAAAUCUCUGUUUUGUAAGAGUUUUACCUCCAAAUCAUAUGAAUUUCGCCUCAUUUUCGAUUCUUCAGACCAAUCGUCAAGCUUCUGAAGUUGAUCAAGGCCGAUCACUUGCCCAGCGAUUUGAAAGAAGAACUGGAAACGGUGAUCGCUUCGACGGAAGGCGAAUGCAAGGCCAAGUCUAGAGUCACGCAAAUGUCGCUGGUCAAAACGGAGAAAACGUCAGUUUCUGUACAGGAUAUAGAAGUUCAACGUGUUGAUAAGGGAAUAUAGAUUUUUCAAUUUUUUGAUUUCAAGUCGUCGCUCAAACUCCGCCCCUGAUGGCGCGAUAAGCCAAUCAGAAGGCGAGCCAUCCAAAGAGCGCUUUCGAAUGACGUCAUUCUACUUGACGUUCAAAAAUCUGAACAGAAUAUUUCUAAAAAAAUAAACGAAAAAAAGGUCUGAAAAAGACUAUAUGGAGAAGAAAUUUAAGUAUAAGAGUUUUUUUCGACAGGAUUUUUCAAGUAAAUUUUUAGAUUUUUUUCUCAAACUUUGAGUGGUACGAAACGCUCAGAGUAUAGUUAUCUAGCCAUAAAAAGUUUCUGAGAAUUGAAAAAAAUUUCUAGAAUUUUUUUCAUCAUUUCAAGAUUAAAAUGAACAUGCUCGAUUCAGCGCUUGUACAUCGAAAAUAUCAAUUUUUAGGUUACCGUAGCUCUCUUUUUUCAGGCCAAAGAUCGUGUCAGAAGUCUUUUUUCUUGAAACUUUGUUGUUCCUUUAAACUUUGUGAGAAGCUAGCAUUAGAUUAAUUGCGUACCUCGUUUUCAAAAGAUAAAAUGAUCUGACUUCUCUGUGCCCUCUUCUCUCUCGGCAACGCUCUUUUUUAAGCGCUCUUUUUUCUUUUCCAAUACCUCGCCGGUUAGAGACUAAAGUGCAGGUUUUUUAUGUCGUGUCCAAAGUAAUUUUCGCGAAAUUCUCCAAAAUCUAGUUAUCUUUUUCUUCCUCUGACGGAUAUUUCGAAUUUCGCGGUAUCAUUUUGAGCACGAAAAUAUUUUAUAUUAUCAGAACUUUAUACGGAAAUUCGUCGAUGCUUUUAUCUUGAUUUUGAGCCAUUUUUUGUAACUUUGAAAAAUGUUAUUGGUUCAGAAUGCUCCGAAUGCUGGAACCGCGGUUCGACGAAGACUUCGAUCCGGAGAGACCCAGAAAGGGAAGAGACACGACGAGAAUGGGACCCAAGGGCGAGAAGAAGAGACUCGAGCAGGAGUUGAAGAAGGAGAGACGUGGCGCCAUCAAGGAGCUCCGAAAAGACACGGCUUUCUUGGCCAGGUUCGUUAGGAAAACCGCUUAUUGAGUAUUUAAAGGAGCAUAGGUUCAUUUUGAGCGGGUCUCAAGGGGAUAGCCCUUUUUUAAUGUUCUUCAGUAUUCUAUUCACUGUUAGCUUGGGACGCUAGGUCUGUCUGCGCCCUCCACCAACCAGACACUGCCUUUUUUCCAAUUGUGUCAAGACCCUUUGACGUCACGCGUUGACAGUAGAAAAAGCUGCCAAAUAAAGCUUUCCUUUGCUUUUAAAACGAGAAAAUAUCUAACUUUUAGUGUCAACUUAUGAAAUUUUAUGUGCCGGAAAGCAUCUGACUAACUCUGUUUACCGUUACUAGGAAAAUCAGGAACGUCAGGGUGGUCCCUAUAGGAGCAACCUCAGGGUCUCUGGAAGGAUCCCCUCUAGAGAUCAAUUAACUCCCCUCUUUCCGGGGGCUCUGAAGCUAGCCGAAGGGAGAAAAACAACCGAGAUAAAAAGUGAAAAAAUAUCAAUAAUAAACGUCUCUCAAUUUUUGAAUCUGAACAAAAAGUUGAAAUAUCAUUGUAGGAAACACUUAAGCUUUAGAGGCAUAGCGAUCAAAACCUUAACCCCUAUAGGUAGGGGCUGUUUAUAUUCCUAACUCCUUUAGGGGCUGCUCUGGCAUCAAUAAUUUUUAAGUCAAAUCAAGAGCUGCCUAGAGGGGCAAAAUUAUGAGAGCUUGAAGGUUUCUUUCUCGGGGCUACUUAAUUUUUACCAUAGGGAACGCUCUUUUUUUCCCUCUACAGGGGCUUUUUUUUUCUCAUCCCUAAGGUGACCACUCUAGCGUUACUGAAAGAUCGCCACGCAAAAAAUGACAUAAUUAAUCAGUUUUUGAUAGUUUUUCUAUGAUAUUGACGUGUCUGAUAGGUUAUCCGGAUUUUUAUUGGUACAUUAUAGAGUAUUCGUGAACAUUUCUGAGAUGGCCUUCUCUGUUAAAAUUCAUUGAGAAGUGUCCCUUUCUCUGAUUACUUUUCCGACUCACGACCAUCACAACCGAACUGUCGGAAUAUAAUGGGGAAAUGAAAGGAUUUUUUUCAGAAAGCAAAUGACGAACGUCAAGGCGAAGGACGCCGAAAGACAGAAAGUCACAAAACGACUCAUGAGUGGACUCCAGAUCCAGCAGGGCGAAUGGAACAAGGAACUCAGAGAAAGCGGAAAGAAAAAAAUAAAUAGUCUAUCAUCUUUUUUUGUUAUUGAGAUUUUUUUCAUUGUUAAGAUUGUUCUUGUUUUUCGUUAUUGUUAUUGCCUUUUUACGCGUCUAGAAGAAUUUUUUUCAAAAGAAAAAAAUGAGCUUUUAUUGAAAAUUGUAUUGAAAGCAAGUCCAGAAAGAUAUGAAGUUUAAAAAAAUUUUUUUCAGUUUUUUUCAAAUUUAAGAAGAAAAAUAUGUGAAAAACUGUGCGGAUUAGGUUCAAAAAAAGGCAAAAUUCUGAGAAUUUCUAGAAUAAAAUAAAAAAAAAGCUUUUUUAUUGACCAAUACCGGCUCAAAAUCCCUUCAAAAUUAAGAAAAUCGUUUCAAAUUUUAGACUUUCCCAAAAUUCCUUUAAUUUUUAUCAUUUUUUCCAGUAUUUUUCAGAGUUUUGCCAAAAUUUCGGAGAAAAACAGCACUCUCGAAAGAAAAUUCUUCUAGACAAUUUUUUGUUGAUUUUUGCCCUUCUUUCUCAAAUUUGAUGACGAAUAUAAAGCGUUUCAUUUCCUCAGAACGAUUCCACGUCAUUAAACCCAUGAAUUAUUUGGUGCUGAAUAUUUUGAGGAUGGGAUAUUUUUGGGCGAAUCGCGUGAUAACCUUCUUCCUGGCUGAGAGGUUGCCAUGGAGGCCCCCAUCGGAUAAGAUCCGGAUGAUGACUCCGCCCAUCUGUCGCCCGAAAAUUUCCCGCAAUUUGUUCUUUUCAUUUCGCAUGUCGGAAAGGGUGGAAAGGGUGGAAGGGGCUCUAUAGAAAUGUUCUUUUUUUGGUGCCCUUUUGCUCCAUUUUUUCAGCCCUUAUGCACCAUUUUUACUACCUCUUCCCCUUUCCAAUCAUUUCUUAAACGCAGAAAAAAAGAAAGGCUCGAUAAAGGGACCCUUUUUGCUGCCUUUUUUGAGCCUCUUCCUUUUAGCGGCCAUUAUCCAUCGUUCCGACUUUGCCCGAGCGUAAAGUAAUGCUCCAGGAAAAAAAAAACGGUUCCUGAUUUUUAUAGGCCUUUGUGGGCGAUUUUCAUUACAGUCUCUGGCCUUUUUUCCAGAUUUUGUUACUGUUUCACAGUUUCAGUUAUGCUUAUUUCACAUUUCAGAUCCGGAUGCCGGCCAAGGAAGAAGAGAAAUGCGAGCUUUUUAGGGCCAUUGAUAAAGGUAAAAUUCUGGCUUUAGUGAUUUUAUCACUUUAGAAAAACUUUUGAAAUUAACAAAGUUUUGGAUUUUCAACUUUUUUUCAACUGUUAGAAGAAAAAUAAAGGUUUCAAAAAUUCUCAACCUUUUUUUGGAUUUAUAUUCUAUUUUAUUUUUUUUGAACUUCUUGUUUUUUUCUAGUUUUUUUUUUCGUAAAGUCAAGUUUUUUAAGAUUUGCUUCUUUCAAGGCUUCAAUAGUAUAGAUUUUGAGAUAUUUUUGAUCAUCAAGAAUUUUUUUUUCAAACUCUAUUUUCCAGGAGAAACGGAAACUGCUCUCGGGCUGUUAAAAAAACAGAAAAAAAGAUGCCCAAAAAGGGAUCCGACUGGUAUGAGCACACUUUCCGCCGCAGUUUACAGGUCCGAAAAUUUUUUUCUUAUCAGUUUCGUGAUCAAAGUAACUUGAAAAUUGACCUUGUUCGUUGAAAAUCAUGAAAAGAAAACAACAAUAUUGUGUUUCAGGAAAAAAAUUAGUCCCCAGAACGAGAAAAAAAUACCGAAUUUUACGCGGGGAAUUCAAAAUUUUUGGUUUAAAUGUCAAUAGUUUCGAGUUUUUUGAAUUUUUUUUAGUUUCACGCAAGAUUUUCUGUAUCACGUUGUAUAGAAAUUUGGACAAAAAAUAUUCAGUUAAAUCGAAAAUUUGAAUUUCACGUGUUGAAAUCGCUAUUUUCUUGUAUGGAACUUUAGUUAAAAAGAUGUCCAAUUAUUCCGUUAAUUCGAAUUUUUCAAAUCUCGUGCUCAAAAUUCGCUAUCACGUUGUAUAGAAAUUUUUUCAAAAAAUGUCAAAAAAAUCUGAAAAUUUUGAAUUUUCCGAGUUUCGCGCGUUGAACUCGCUAUCUUGUUGUAUGGAACUUUUGUCAAGAGAUGUCCAGUUAAAGCGAAAAUUUAAAUUUUCUGAUUUCGUGCGUAAAUUUCUUUACCUCGUUGUAUAAGGCUUUGGUCAAAAAAAGGACAAAUAAAUCGGAAAAAUUUUUAAUUUUUUUGAAUUUGCGCGUGAAAAAUCACUGUCUAAUUCUUUUAGGUUUCUGCGCAAAAAUUGUCCAAUUAUUUGAAAAUUUGAAUUUUUUUCGAAUCUCCUACUUUAAAUUUGCUAUCAAAUUGUAUAAGACUUUACGGCAAAAAAAUAACAAUUACAUCUAAAAAUUUUGAACUCCUUGAGUUUUGCGCGUGAAAUUCGCUGUUUUGGAUGUAAGUUUUUCAAAUAUCCCGAAAUUCCAAUUUUUCGCGUAAUUUGUAGAAUUUAAAAAAACACGCCAGUUUUGACUUAAUUUUGAACAGGGCAAGAGAAAAAAAAACAAAAAAAUUUUUUUCAGGGGAAAUUUGGCGGUGGCGCGCAGAUGCUUAGAUCUCGGCUGCGGGAUCAACGAUCGAACUUAUGAUAGUGGAUACACGCCGUUGAUGUUUGGAGCCUUGUCUGGUAGAUUAACGCAGAAAGAAUAAUUGAAAAACGAUGAAUUUAAGGGAAAACCGAAAUUUGCAAAUUUUUGAUGGACAAUGGGGCCAGGCCGUACUUGACGAACUCCAUUGGAAAAACGGCUUCGGAAUUGGCCGCUUUUAUUGGUGAAUAUUUAGAAAAUAGCCGGAAAAGAAGAGGAAUAGGGCAUAAAUAUACACAAGUUUUCAAAAAUCAAUAAACUUCUAACAUUAAAAAACACAUAAAAAAAGACUGUAUAGCCGGCUUACGGCUGAUCUGAGCCAUCGAAAAAAUGAUGAAAAAGUGAGAUAAUGAAAAAUUGAGAAAGGGUCCUGACACGAAAAGAAAAAAGAGUACUUUAUUGGUGGAGAGCGCAGACCAGCCACGCCCAUAUGCUAUUCAGGAAGCGUCGCAAGCUGAAUCGGCUAUAUUUUCAUUUUUCUCCUGACCAGUGAGAAGCCUCUUUAACCUCAUACUUUCUUUAUUUAGCCUUUUUUGGGUCCUGACACGAUAAGAAAAGAGAGAGAGAGUGCUUGAUUGGUAGAGAGCGCAGACGGUGUCUCGCCUCUUACCGUCCCCAGCUGGCCGGAACAGGCUGUAGCCUUUUUCGCGCCAGCUUUUUCAAAAAAAAAAAAGACCGUAUACCAAAUUUGACCAACCAAUCUUCGCUUCAAGACCCUGGUUUUUUACAAAUCGAGUGAAAUUUUUUAUUUCUCACGCAAAAGUACAAAAGCUGACGGAGUAAAUCGAGGGAAAGUGUGGGAAAAUACAUGUUGAAGAGGAAAAGGACUCGUGGUCGUGUUAACUCCCAGCUUGAGUAUAAGCUCAGAUUUAUAGUCUGUUCAGAUUUUGACUGUCAAGCUCCGCCCCUAAUCGGGCGAUAAAUCAAUCAGAGAGCGAGCCACCCACAGAGCGUUUUCGAAUGACGUCAUUGUACUUGACAUUCAAAAUCUGAACAGAUAUAGUCUGUGUGCCACGAAUUGAAAUUUCACGGAACGACAUUCCGCUGUUCCGCUGCGUGCGUUCGCGAAGCGUCUCUCGAAUCUAGGUCAUGCUUUCAAUUGAUUGUUACUGCUGUGGGAGCACAUGAAAGUAGUGUACCUUUAAAAAAAAGCGCGACCAAGGUUCGCAAAAGCGCACAGCGGAAUGUCGUUCCGUGAAAUUCCAAGUGGCGGUACAUAGGCUAUAGCGUUCAUAUUUUUGUUGGAUCAAGAGUGUUUAGUUCUGUAUCAGAGAACAUGUAGAAAGUUCUAUAAAAUAUGUUUUUUCAAUAAGUUUUCUUUUGAAAUAGUUUUUCAUGACUUUCCGCUUCGAUUUCUACCCAUCGCUUCUCAAAUUUCAAUUUUGAUGGUAUCUUAAAUUAGCAGGAUGAAAGACUUUUUGGGUUUGUCAAUAUUUUCUUGUACUUUCAUGUGGUUUUUGAAAAAUCCACCCUUUUCGCUCCAAUUCACUUUUCAUUAAUUUUUUCUAGUCCAUUCUGGACUUUGACCUUUUGAAUAUCAAGCUGAGUUUUUAGAUUUUCUGUGACUGAAUUUUUACGGACUUUGAAAUAUUUUCAGCUCAUUAAAUUACCGCCUUUUCGUUCGAUGUUCAUCUUGAAAAAAUUGAACUUUUUUUCCUAGGUCACCACGAAUGCGUCUCCGUCAUCAACAACCACAUCACGAUCGACGAUAUCGAAUCAUUUCUCCGGCCGAAAGGAGGAAAUGAAGAGGAAAAAUUUCCGGACGAGCUGGCCGUAUUUCAUCCACGGCCUGUGCAGUACUCAUGA